CAUAGUAUGAGCAGGUCCUUUGACAGACACAAGCACUGUGCACAGAAACAUGGCUGUUCGUGUCUUUGAGGGUAAAGAUCAUGCAGCUGCUUACCUGCAGUACAGAAUAGCACCUGAUGAAUUAAUCAGCAGGAUUAUGAGCUACAUGGAGAAAAAGACAUCAAGCCAGUUCAAUCUAGCAGUGGAUGUGGGCUGCGGUUCGGGGCAAGGGACGAUCCUAUUGGCUCCAUACUUCACCAAGGUUGUUGGAACAGAUGUCAGCCCUGCCCAGCUGGAGAUGGCUUUGGCCAAUAGCAGCCCUCCAAAUGUAUCAUACAGGGAGUGUGCGGCAGAAGAGCUACCGUUUGCUUCUGGUGAGGUGGACCUUGUGACGGCCAUUGCGGCGGCUCACUGGUUCGACCGCAAGCGGUUCCUCCUGGAAGCUGACAGGGUGCUGAGGCCUGGAGGCUGUCUGGCUCUCCUGAGCUACACCAUGGACUUUGAGCUGGAGUAUGGGGGUAUCUCCAACACAGCACUAAAUGACAUCUGUGAAGAGUAUUACGCUGCUCUGCGUCCGUUCCGAAAUCCCUAUAUAGGAACGAGCUCUGUGAAGAUCUACUCAGACUUGUUUGACUCCUGCUCAUACCCGGACAAAGAGUGGAAUGAGUGUGUGAGGGUAAAAAGGAUCUUACCACUGAGAGGAUACAUCGGCAUCGUGGAGACCUUCUCCACCUACCAGGCCCUGCUGCAAAAAGACCCCGCUGAGGCUAAACGUCUUUCUAAUGACACCAGGAACAAGUUGAUGUCUGCCAUGAAGGUGUCUUCUCCUGACACAGAAGUUACGGUGGUUGUGAAGUAUUUCUAUUGGCUGGCACACAAACCUUGAUCACUCUGACUGGCUGAAUCCUCCAGAUCCCGACCCCCAAGUUGGAAACCAACAGCUGUUGGUUUCAUCAGAAAGUGACACAAACCUGGAAAGCCAAGUGUAUACAAAUCUAUUGGUGUUACUCCUCUUAUGUUGAGAAUCACUUGAAGUAAAAAAGUUGGAUCUAUAUCCUUUUAAAAACAAGCAUAUUUUGUGUUUCUUUUUACAUAAAGAUAUUUGAUUUUUAAAUGGGAAACAAUUAUGUGAUGAACAAGCUGUUAAAUUAACUCCCGGCUUGUGAACAUUGACAUCUGUGAAUCUAGAGCCUUCCAGAGUGAACACCAGAUGGAGAUCUUCAUAACAUCUACUUUGAGCCUUUUACCGUGUUAAAAUUGUACUUUUCUUGAAUUUGUUUUCAUGACCAGGGUAAGAGAAAUCCACUUGCUUCCAGAAUAUCCAUGUCCUUAACCAUAUUACUAUUAAUAGAUGUUGUUGUCCUUUAAUUAAUCAGGGACAAGUGGCAUAUUUAAACAUAAAUUGAAUUGCUAAUUCAUUGCUAUACAACUGCAGCACCACAGCAGCCCUCCAUUAGAAGUUGGGAAACAGAUAUUGGGGGGAAAACAGAUUUCAAUAAAGUAUGUAAAUAAAAUAAGAUAGAACUUGAUUUAUCACAAGGGAAAUUGUUGCGCAAAAGUUUCGAAGUAGGAAGAGUGUAAAUACGAAAUUUAAAACAUCAAUCAGCUGCCAAU